GUGGAGGAGGUGACGGACCCCGACCUGGUGCUGCACAACCUGCUGCGAAACGCGCUGCUGGGUGUCAGCGGCGCCGGCCCGCCCCGCAGGAACACUGAGCUCGUCAAAGUCAUGGGCCUCUCCAACUACCACUGCAAGCUCCUGGCCCCCAUCCUGGCCCGCUACGGUAUGGAUAAGCAAACUGGCAAAGCCAAGCUCCUCACGGAGAUGAACCAGGGAGACAUCUUUGACUGCUCCCUCUUGGGCGACCGCGCCUUCCUCAUUGAGCCGGAGCACGUUGAAACCAUCGGUUACGGAAAAGACCGCUCUGGCAGCCUCAUCUACCUGCACGACACCCUGGAAGACAUCAAGAAGGCCAACAACAGUCAGGAGUGCCUCAUUCCUGUCCAUGUGGAUGGAGAUGGCCACUGCCUCGUCCACGCAGUCUCGCGGGCGCUGGUUGGCAGGGAACUGUUCUGGCAUGCUCUGCGAGAGAAUCUGAAGAAGCAUUUUGAGGAGAACCUGAGUCACUACAAAGCGCUUUUCCAUGACUUUAUUGAUGCAGCGGAGUGGGAGGACAUUAUCAACGAAUGUGACCCUUUGUUUGUUCCUCCAGAAGGUGUGCCAAUGGGCCUUAGGAAUAUUCACAUCUUUGGUCUGGCCAACGUGCUUCACCGGCCUAUCAUCCUGUUAGACUCCUUGAGCGGAAUGCGAAGCUCCGGAGAUUAUUCAGCGACGUUCCUCCCUGGUCUGGUACCUCUAGAAAAAUGCAUGGGAAAAGACGGCAUGUUGAACAAGCCGAUCUGCAUUGCAUGGAGUAGCUCAGGACGUAACCAUUAUAUUCCUCUAGUUGGAAUAAAAGGUGCUGCUUUACCUAAACUGCCUAGGAAGCUACUUCCUAAAGCCUGGGGAGUUCCUCAAGACCUCAUCAAAAAGUACAUCAAGUUAGAGGAGGACGGUGGUUGUGUUAUUGGAGGAGACAGAAGUUUGCAAGAUAAGUACUUGAUGAGGCUCGUUGCUGCAAUGGAGGAGGUUUUCAUGAGUAAACACGGUAUCCAUCCCAGCCUUGUAGCCGACGUACAUCAGUAUUUCUACAGAAGGACUGGUGUAAUAGGAGUCCAGCCUGAAGAAGUCACUGCAGCUGCCAAAAAAGCAGUGAUGGACAACCGCCUUCACAGGUGCCUCAUCUGCGGGGCCCUUUCAGAGCAUCACGUUCCUCCAGAGUGGCUGGCUCCUGGGGGGAAACUCUAUAACCUGGCAAAAAGUACCCAUGGCCAACUAAGGCCUGACAAAAAUUAUAGUUUUCCCCUGAACAGUUUGGUGUGUUCUUACAACCCGACAAAGGAUGUGCUGGUACCAGACUAUAGCCUGAGUAGUUUGACUGCUUGUAACUGGUGUCAUGGUAACUUAGUGCGUCGUGUCAGAGAAGAUGGAUCUGUUUCAUAUUUGGAUGGAGACAGAACUAAUACUAGGUCUACAGGUGGCAAAUGUGGCUGUGGAUUCAAGCACUACUGGGAAGGUAAAGAAUACGAUAAUCUCCCUGAAGCUUUUCCUAUUACUCUAGAGUGGGGUGGAAGAGUGGUGAGAGAGACAGUCUACUGGUUCCAGUAUGAAAGUGACACAUCUCUGAACAGCAAUGUGUAUGACGUCGCCAUGAAACUUGUAACCAAGCACUUCCCUGGUGAAUUUGGUAGUGAGAUUCUUGUUCAGAAAGUUGUCAACACAAUAUUGCAUCAAACGGCCAAAAAGAACCCUGAUGAUUAUACCCCUGUAAAUAUAGAUGGUGCUCACGCCCAAAGAGCUGAUGAUGUACAGCAAGGACAAGAGUUAGAGUCGCAACUUCCAACCAAAAUUAUUUUGACUGGACAGAAGGCAAAAACUUUGCACAAGGAGGAGUUGAAUAUGAGCAAAGCUGAAAGAACUGUUCAGCAGAACAUUGCAGAUCAGGCUUCCGUAAUGCAAAAACGGAAAAGCGAAAAAUUGAAACAAGAGCAUAAAGGGCAGCCGAGGACUGCUUCUCCUGGGGCUGUUCGUGAGGGGCCAUCGUCUGCACCUGCUACACCAACAAAAACCCCGUAUUCUCCAACGUCUACGAAAGAAAAGAAAAUUCGAAUAACCACAAAUGAUGGAAGGCAGUCAAUGCUUACCCUAAAGUGCACUACCACCUUCUUGGAACUACAAGAAAGCAUAGCGAGAGAAUUUAAUAUUCCUCCGUAUUUGCAAUGUAUUCGCUAUGGCUUUCCUCCUAAAGAGCUUCUGCCUCCCAAAGAAGGCAUGGAAAACGAGCCUGUUCCUUUGCAGCACGGUGACAGGAUUGCAAUAGAAAUCCUGAAAGGUAAGGAGGAAAGCAGGCAGUCUGCUUCAGCGCACUCGGCCCAUGCUGUGAAGCAUGAAGAUGUUGCUGUGACCAGUAAAAUCUCGUCGAAGGAACUGCAAGAGCAAGUCGAUAAGGAGAUGUAUUCUCUGUGUCUUCUGGCAACACUAAUGGGAGAAGAUGUUUGGUCUUAUGCUAAGGGGCUUCCUCAGUUGUUUCAGCAGGGCGGAGUAUUCUACAGCAUAAUGAAGAAAACCACAGGUUUGGCUGAUGGCAAGCACUGUACUUUUCCACAUCUGCCUGGUAAAAACUUUGUGUACAAUGCAGCAGAAGACAGAUUAGAGCUGUGUGUGGAUGCUGCUGGGCACUUUCCUAUUGGUCCUGAUGUUGAAGAGUUGGUGAAAGAGGCCUUAAGUCAAGUGCGUGCAGAAGCUACUUCAAGAAGCAGGGAAGCAAGUCCUUCACACGGAAUGCUGAAGCUGGGUAGUGGUGGAGUAGUGAAAAAGAAAUCUGAACAACUGCAUAACAUAACUGCAUUUCAAGGAAAGGGCCAUUCCCUAGGAACUGCAUCUAGUAGUCAACAACACGAUCAAAGAGCCAGGGAAACACCACUUUUAAGAAAGCAUAGCACAGAAACGGACUUCAGUCCUUCUGCUAAAAUUGAGCCUUCUGUAUUCACAACUGCUUCUGGUAACAGUGAGCUUAUCCGAAUUGCUCCAGGAGUUGUGACAAUGAGAGACAGCAGGCAGCUUGACCCUACUUUGAUUGAGGCACAGAGAAAAAAGUUGCAGGAAAUGGUCUCUUCCAUUCAGGCUUCAAUGGAUAGACAUUUGCGGGAUCAGAAUACAGAGCAGUCAGCAUCAGUUGAUCUAUCUCAAAGAAAAGUAGAGGCAGUGAGUUCAACUGCUAAAACUGGGAGCUUUCAGGCUGGCUUACCUGAACAGUUUUCUGCACCAGGUGGUACUGAACACUUGAAUACCGAAUCAACUGAUGGUAACAUGGUGAAUUCUGUGGGAACAACAUUCCCUGCAAGGUCUAAAGCACAAAAGGGAAAUUCUGUUGAGGAGCUUGAGGAGAUGGAUAGUCAAGAUGCAGGAAUCACUAAUGCAACUGAGCCAAUGGAUCACUCUUGAUAGGUUAAAAUCUAAUAAGGGUAGAAGAAAUUACUGUUCAAAUGUAAUGUUUAUUGGCUGGGCCACAAAAAGUGAUUAGUUAUUAAAUCUUGUAUGUAUGUCAAAGAUUAUAUCAUCUUAUUCAGUGCAUGAUAAGCAAGUGUGUGAUUGGCAAUAGCUUUCAAUAUUACCAUACUGCUGCCCAGGCUGGCUCUGUUACCUGUAAAUUAGUUAUUAGGAAAUGCACUGAGAUGAAUAUCUGCUGUAAAUGUGGGUUCUUGAAAAUUCUUUGUAAUUUUUAAUUCCUUAAAAGUCUUAAAGUUUAAGCCCAUGCAAGGUUCUUACCGUGCUAGUUUAAGGUUACUGGAAAGGCUAGAACAGGCAAAACUAGAAAUGUGACAAAGUUAAUCCUGUCCCACGUACUUAAUUCCACUCAAAAAUACACUAUAAACAUGAAUUAUACAUACAUUUCAAAAAGCAACUGAAACUAAACUUCUGCUAAAUUUGAUAAUGCAGCAUAUACAGUACUUCUACAUUGUGCUGGCACUUCCUCCAAUUUAAAAACUUUCUCAUUCAGCUGUAUACGCUUGUCAGAAAUCUUGGAGUAAGUGUACCUUUAGUAAACUCUCUAAUUUCUGCAUAUAGUCAGUUUAAGCAAGUUAGAAAAAAGGCUACUUGGUGAAUGAUGAAGAUAAAGUGAAUGUGGUGUGGUUAUGCAUGGCUGUCAGAGCCAACACAACCAUUUUGGUGCUCUGUUAGUAAGUGAUAGCAUGUUUUUAUUUCCUCCCAAAUACCUAGCGGGUCAGAUGUUGUGCAAUGUUUAAUACAACUACAGGAGAGAGGGAGUUGGCAGUUCCAAGGAACAACAAAUGUUCAAUGGCAAAUCCAUUUCUUCUAAAAGACCUUGAUCACUAGCAUUGGUUAGUAAUGGCAAAAAUAAGUAACAGCUGUCUUCUUCAAAGCAAAUUAACAAUUUAUUGGAAGAAAAUGACUAACAUACAUUAUCUUAAAGUGUUCAGCAGUGAUAAUUGAGCUUUUGGAAGCACACUGUUUACUCCAUGGAAACAAGGAAUACAUGCUGUUUCAGUGUCUAUAAAGACUUCCCACCUCUAUUAGCCUCACUUCAGUCUGUGAUGCAGAUUUCCCUGCAUCGGUGAUAAUAUAGCUGGUAUCCACUUAAGUAGCGUGUUCAUCGGACCUGCAGUGCUAGUUCUUAAGAAGCAGCCGUUGCGCUUGCUCCCUAAGGGUGGAAUGUGUAUCUGAUACUGCACUUUGCUUCCUAUCUUCAUAGUCAUAUUUAAGUGCACUAUUGUUGCUUCCUCUAAUGGUAAAAUAACAUUGAAUGGAUGAAAGAUGUUAAUACAGCUUCAAAGGAAUUAAGAGCAUUUAAAUAUUGAAGUCUGUGUUUGUGCACAUGUGGGUUUUUACCAGUUCACAAAUGUUGUUUGUAUUGUAUACGUUUGUAUUCAGAAAAGUCUCCUCACUUUUUACAUUUCUAAUCACUUAAACAGUUCUAAGCAUUAGUAUGAUAAGAUGUCCCAGGAGGGAGGAUUUAUUUUUGUAUGUAAAAAGUAACUGAAGCAAGUCACUUAAAGAAUAGCCCCUGUUUUGUCAAAGUGAAUUAAAAUGCCUCUGUUGGUUAACUUUUUACGUAGAGGGAAUAAAUGUUCUGAUUUAGUACACUACUUAUAGCUAAUAAAUAAGAAUCACCUUUUCAUAAAUGAAAUGAAAAAAAAUUUAAGAUCUCAAAUUGCUAACCCCUAAGUUAGCAAUUUGGAAGCUUGGAAUGUAUGAAGUAACUUGGCUCACCAGAACUGACCUUGCUGAUGCACUGAUUAACUGGCAGGGCUUGUUCAAUGAGAAACAGGAUGCACAUGCAGCAGCUGGAAGCCUGCCAUGACUUCUGAAAACAUUUAGUCUCCCAUGAAUCAGUCUAGCUGUCUGAAGGCUACUUCUAUAUAGAAAAUGUUGAGUAGAGGCUUGUGCUUUGUCAUAGUGUGAGGUUUAGAAAAGUAUAGCAGUGGCAUGUUCCUGGGAAGGAGUUUAAGUCAGGAGAGGCUAAGGGGGAGGAAUCUCCUGGAUCUCUUCCAUUUUAGACAAGGUAGCUAUAACUUAGAUAUUUUUAACCUUUUCUUUAGAAAAAGAAGUCUUCCUCAGCUGAAAAAAACACAGGCAGUGUAUAUGAGAGAAUUUUAAGUUUGAAAUUAAUUGAAAUAUUUAUUGCACAUCAUCUUUAUUUCAAGGGAAGUUGCUUACUUCUUUCAUGCCUUUCUGGUAAGACUACAGAAUUUUGUGUGCCUUUUACUGUGUAAAGAGGAAGGCUUGGUUUAAUUUUGACACACUUCCCAUUUCAGCAGUAAUUUGACAUUUUCCUUCUUAUCUAAAUAGAAAUAGACACAGAUAAUAGCUCUGUUUGACUCACCCUUAGUGUCAUCUCGGGUCCACUCAAGUCAUGUAGGUAGAACUCUCCACUUCCUAAAACAAAAUGGUCUCAAAAAGGAAUGGCAAAAAGGUGUCGAAAUCACAAGAUCCGCUGAUGUGAAUUUCUCUGGUGUAAAGCAGGAUUGUGCAUAUUUCUUUGCAGUGUUCUUAUUUCACGUAGCUUUCUCAUGCAUUUAAAUAUCGGUGUUUCUGAGAAAGACGGCUUUUGAUAACUCUCAAGUGAAGCUAAACUUCAUCUACGUGCCGGUGAGAUGUGUAACUGUACAGGAGAAGUGAAAUAAAGAACACUGAAGUGUAAGUUUGAACAGAUGUUUCAUUUGCUUGCUAGCAGUGGGUGCAAAUGUAAGUUGAGGCACAUCUGUGUGCCUGUCUUAGGAGCACCCAUGUGCUUGUUUGAUUUCCCUGUUAGGGUCAGGAAAAUGGUGGUGGGGUACAAGGGCAGGGAAGAUGUUGACUGAUUAUGGAUGCAAAGCCCUAUCAGCGGGACUUCUCAAAUGGCGUGAAGAGUGUCCCUUUCUCAGCAAGCCCCUGAUGUCUUGCUACUGAAUUGCCUCUGGACUCAGGCUGUGGUUCUAAAUUAUUUUGGAGUACCUGCCUUGAUUAAUUUCUUGCCUAGGGGCCAACCACCUCCUAUGCAGUGUCUCAUGGCAAAGACGACUUAAGUUAUUUGAAAAUCCUAAACUUUACUAUGGCUUAAUAUGCAUAACCUAAAUGAGAGAUGACUACUGAAAAUACAGGCCCAGUAAAAAAAAAAAAAAAAAGCGCAUGAACUGGAUUGCUGAUGAGCAUAUGGGAAACCUCAGGAGAAUGGAUCAGUUUUCCAGGCAAAUGUGAGAUUUUUAUUACUUCAAAUGGCUGGCUGCUUAGUAAGAGUGACUCUUUGAUACUGCUGUUCCUCUGUGAAUUGUUUGCAUUUCAGUGAGGGAAAACAAAUAGCAGCUUUUCAAAGGAAAUCACAUACAUAUAAUUGGGAUGUCUUCACUGAUACAGUCACAAACCAGCAAUGUAUAUUGUUGGUUCUGUGAAUCCCGUGGAGUUUACCAGUCUCCUGAGAGAUAGAAAACGUGAGCUAGACGUUGCCUCUGACGGAAUGCUCUAGCAGUGUCACAGAGGCACAGUGCCACCAGGCUGUAUGCUAACAACCCUGUACAGCAGGCAUACUUCCAAGACCAAAUUGCUUAAUUUACAGUCUUUCAAAAAGUAGACUCUAGUGUCACUGUCACAAGGUUAGCAGAGUUGCUUGCUGCUUUUUCAAUGCGCUGAAAACGCCAGGUGAUAAAGUUCAUAGUAUGCUUACAAUUGGGAGAGCGAUGCUUGAUCUGAAAUGUAUGAAAAAUGAACAAUUUAAGAAGAUGCCACUGUUAUCUCUACAUUUGUUUGGCUCCCAUUUUCAAAUAGCAGAAUCUACAUGCUUUUGUAAAAAAAAAAAUAAAAAUAAUAAGAAGAAGUUGAUCCUUCUGUUAAAAAAACCACAGCAGUAAGUGGUUAUUUGUUUUGCUUGUGGAUAUCAGUUUAGCUUCUUAAAUUUGAAGAAGUUGCUUAAGAUCUUUAGAAUGCAGGAUUCCCUCUGAGCCCUUAUGCCUGUGGUUGAGCAAUAAAAGGUUGAAACAAGAGUGGUAUUUUCAGAGUUAUUUUACGUUUAAUGAGGAUUAUUGCCAAGAAAUGAAAGAGUGCACUUUUAGGAGGGAAUGCUAUUUAAAAUGUAUAAAUAAGAAUUAAAAUAGUGUAUAUAUUUAGAAAACAAAUCUUUUUAAACAGUAAGUGCUUUACAUGUUGAAUUAAAAAUAAAUUAGUAUAGAAACUAUACCAUCUUCACAGUACUGGCUGUUACCCAGCACAGUUUGGUUUGUUUUAUUUGUGAUUGCUGUACUAAUUAUAUUUGAUUUUUUUUAUCUGUAAUGUAACAAUAGUGUAUUAUAACAGUAUAUAGUGUACUAUACUACACUUCACUGUACAGUAUUUGGAAUUUUCUUUGAUUGCUAUAUUAAAACUAUAAGUUAAAACAUCUGCUUUGGUUUUAUAAGAUGCAACUUUUAUCUAGCCUUUCACACAUUAGCCUGUUUAAUUAACACUGAUUUGGCUACAAAAUGAAGGAGUGGUAAUUAUAUUGGCUUCUGCAUUCUGCAUAUAAAUUGCAUUAGACUUGCAUACAUGAAUACUAGUACAGAAGUUGGAAAAACUGGUACGAAUCUUAGAAAAGUAAACUCUGAUGCCAUCCAUUUUGCUUUAGUUAUGCUUCUGUUUAAAAGAAAAUAUUUUGAAAGAAAAAGUCUUUAUGGAAAAGGUUUUUUUUUUUUGACCUCAUACCUGUUCUGAAUAUUUCAUUAAACACAUAGGACCUUUGAAUUUGAGAGAUUUUUAAAACGGGUUUUUAUAUAUUUGAGACCAAAAUCUGAGAUCUGAAUCUUUUUUCAAAGUUGUCACCAAGAAGGUGGUGUAGAAAAAUGCUGACCAAGUCACACAUGACAUUUAAGCUAUCUUGCAAACUGUGGUUUGAAACAUUGGUCAAAAUGUAUUUCAAAGCAAAAUUUUAAUGCAUGCAUGUCAUAUGCAAGUAUGAAUAGUGUCAUUUGGAAGAACUCGGCUUUUGAAAAUGCGGCAAUAGUCAGAGAUGAAUUUCAGUAGUUGUCAGUAUGUUAUCUCUGUGCUUUUUCCACCAGCUACAUGUGGUACUUUGUUUCAAAAAUUGGCUGUAAUACUAACUUUUGAGCCUAAAAAGAAGUCAUAAAACCCAUCUGCAAAACUCUGGUUUACUUCUUCCUGUAUUUAUUGAAAGGCUUUAAUUCAAAGUGUGCUAGCAUUAAUGCAUUAUUUAAAGUGAUGGGUGUAAUGGAGUAUAUGGAGUUAAUUUUGAUUGCAUGUCAUAUCAUGAAGAAUUGAAAAUAAUCCUUUGGAAGAUUUGUAUUUCAAAAGCUUAAAUGCUUAAUGCUAAGCUAGAAAUUUACUCAUCUUUAUUUAUUUAGAGACUGUUUAUAAUCUGAGCCAAGACCAGUACUGAAUGUAUGAAGCAACCAAGUUACGAGUGCUUUCAAAGUGUUUUCAUUUUUUUUUCUGCUAUUAAUUGUACAGCCUUAAUGUCUGUCUAAUUUUGUUUACUUUAUAUUGGAGUUGUUGGAUUUGGUUGUGGUUGGUUGGUUUGGUUUUGUUGGGGUUUUUUUUUCUCCUUAGGUGUGUCCGUAGCAAAUCUGUUCUAACAUCCCUGCAAAACCCCAGCUCCCUGCCAGAACAAGACCCCUCACAACAUAAUUUUCUCCUAGGAUCAGGGUGAGAGUGAACCUUGGAUGUUCAUCAGCAUGCGUAGUGAGUUGUCGAAGGUGCUUUUGGUAUUAUGAAGAGUCAACUCAAACACAUAUAUUGACUACAAAAGUUAAUAGAAACUGUGUCGCUUUGCUUGAUGUGGAGUUUAUUUUACUGAGGCUUUGAUACAUGCUGGCUUCUACUGAUUUGUGAUGUUUUGAAUAUUUACUAUUUAAUGAUAGCCAAAGAAAAGUAGUAGCGUUUGGAUCCAUAGUAGACUUGAUGGCUAAGCUGACGUUACAGAAACCUGGUUGCCACAACUGAUCUGAAAUGGGUUUUAUCCUGAUUUUAGUAACUUGAACAGACGUACGCCGAGUGGCUCUGAACACUUACCAAUACUGUCAAAGGCAUUAGGCUUCGGCAUAACCAUUAGGCUUCGGCAUAACCAUUAGGCUUCGGCAUAAGCAUGACCUCUGUUGCACUAACUUGCAGACAGUUUAAGAGGCUUCAGAAGAGACUGUUAUUCUCUGUUCUGUUAAUGAAAGGCAUUGAUUUGAUGAUUAAGAGAUAGCUGCACAGACUUGUAUUUGGACUUUAUCCACCUCUGUUUUUUUAAAUGACUGCCUAAUUGUGUUUUCUGCUGGAAAUCAUACUUCUAGUGCCUUGUCUUGCUGGUAGCAAAUCUAAUUUCACUUCUAAAGUGAUCCUGUAGAUCUGGACUGGGUCUGUGCUGUUUGGAAACUUAUAUUCAAUAAGUACAAAAUUAAAAGAAAGAUGGCAGGUGGAAGGAAGUUACCAGAAAUUAGAAGAAGGUUUAAAAGGUGCUAUGGUUCUUAUUAGCCAGUAGUCUGUGGAGCCUGGCUGCAUGAAAUGCACAAUAAUUUCUUAUAAACCUUUAAGGCAUGGUUCAAGCAACUUCUUUCAGAAUAAGAAAACUUGAUUUUAUAGGCUAUUUUGUCAACUCAGUGUAUAAGAUUUUUCUUUAAAAUGAAGCUUCUUUGAGAUUGCCACAUUGUUGUACAAAUGUAGAGCGAUACUUGCCAGACGCUGUCUUCUGAUGUUGGACUAGCUUUCCUGUUUGCUUCUCACCUGCCAUUUGGACUUAGAUACUGAACCAUUUUCACCAUGGACAUUUUUGUAAGCUUGCUGUCCUCUGUUUAUAAUGCUGAUCUUAGAGACAGUAAGAGGCAAUAGAUAAAUGAUCCAAUUUCACACAAAUGAGACAGAUAGAAAUGAAAACCUUGUUUGAUUUCCUCCAAGAUCUGUAUGUAUGGAACAGGAAGGAACGAAGGGAGAUUCCUAAGAGAGCAGAGGACUUGUGGGCAUAUUCAGGGGAGGGAAGACGAUGCAUACGGAUUUAUCAAUGAUUCUAAAAAUCACCAAGCAGUUCCGUAGGGCAACCAUGUUCCGUGUUGUUCCAUCUCUAGGGCGAUGAGCUUCAGAAGCUGCAGUGGCUCACUCUAAUCUGAGGAUUUCCCUGAGGUCCACCUUUCUUUUCUCCUAGGAGGAGCAAAAGCUGCCAAAUACAUUACUUUUCCACCCAGUGGGAGACAAAGGGAUGAGACCUCACCAGUUGUUGCCAUGUGAUGGAGUAGGGUUUACAGCAGCAAGAAAAAAGCCAAAACACACAGAAAAGGCAAGGGCCUAACUUAAAAUUGUGGGGAAUGAAAUAACUCCUAUUUCUAACUAUUUGUAUGUCCAAAUCUGCUCAAGUGUUGCUCAAUACGUACCCAAGUCCUACAUCUGAAUACUGAACAUACAAGAAGGAUACUUUUCCCCUCACUAUGUCUUUCUUAAAAUAAGGUCCUUCUUGGCUUCCAAAGACAAGAUGCUGGAAAUGACAAUUAUUUUUGCAGACAGCAGGAGGGAUGCAGGAAAUAAGGGUCAAGAGUAGCUGCCUCCUUUUGCUUUCAAAAUAAGAAAAUUCAAGGCAUGGUACAAUGGAAGAACUAAAUACCAGUAUUUAUUUCUUUGCUGCCUCUGUUUCUCCUAGCCUUAACUUCUUCUCUACCCUGCCAUAUUCACCAACGUUAUAUUUUUGUUUUCUUCCCUGCAUUUGAAGUCAGCUGAGCUAGCCCGUUCCCUUCUUAGUUUGGAAACUUUGAACUAUCUCAGGUCUCUAGUAAGCCAGCAGCUGCAAAAUCCUGUUACCCAUUGUCUACUCUGAAUGUAAUUUUUUUUUUUUUUUUUUAUUUAACAUUUUGGAUCUUUCUAACCCUAACCCCAAGGUUCUACAUUUGAAACUCUCAUAAAAUCACAUCCUUGCACAAGCUCAGAAAAUACGUUUGCAGUAACUAAAGGCCUUUCAUGGACACUCGUUGCUGACUGCAGCAGUGGAGCCAGGAUGGAGGUGUGUGCAGUCUUUUGCAUCUGUUAGCGCUCUCCUCUCCUCCUGCUGGAAUUCUGCAGGGCGUGGGAGCAACACUGCCUUG